ACGAUGAAGAUAGGAAAAGUGGAAUUGUUGGCGUUCAUAGUUCUAGUAUCGCACUGGUCGUCUUCUUCAGCCUGGUUUGGUGAUAAGCACAAAAAGGAAAGGAAGUCCGUUCUAGCAGGUGAAGCGACGUCGUCAUCAUGGGUCCUAAAUCGCGUUGGGUCUUCUCUUCUGUUCCGGGUUCACGGUAACGUUUAUCCUGUAGGAUUUUAUAAUGUUACCAUGAACAUAGGCCACCCACCGAGGCCAUAUUUUCUUGAUAUUGACUCUGGUAGCGAUCUCACAUGGCUCCAAUGUGAUGCUCCUUGUACCCGUUGUUCUGAGACACCGCAUCCACUGUACCAACCGAGCAAUGACUUGGUUCCCUGCAAGGAUCCUCUCUGUGCAUCGUUGCAGCCAUCUGAAGACUACGAGUGUCAAAACCCAGAUCAAUGUGACUAUGAAAUCACGUACGCAGAUCAUUAUUCAUCUCUAGGCGUUCUUGUUAGGGAUGUCUUCAUCCUCAACUUCACUAAUGGAAUCCAGCUUAAAGUUCGUAUGGCACUUGGAUGUGGGUAUGAUCAGAUAUUUCCAGCUUCUUCUUACCACCCGUUGGAUGGAGUACUUGGGCUGGGCAGGGGGAAAACCAGCUUGAUAUCACAGCUUAAUGGUCAGGGCUUGGCGAGAAAUGUGGUUGGACAUUGUUUAAGUGCACAAGGUGGAGGGUACAUCUUCUUCGGAGAUGUUUAUGAUUCUUCUCGGCUGAUUUGGACACCAAUGACAUCUAAAGAUCAUUCUAAACAUUACUCAGCAGAAGCAGCUGAACUCAUUUUUGGCGGGAAGGCAAUGGCGGUUGCAAGUCCGGUUACUUUUGACAGUGGCAGCUCCUACACUUACUUUAACUCUAACUCCUAUCAAGCAUUGAUUUCUUGGCUGAAGAAGGAAUUAAACAGGAAGCCUGUUAAAGAAGCCCCUGACGACCUGACUGUUCCUGUUUGUUGGCAUGGUAAAAGACCAUUCAAGAGGAUAAGUGACGCCAGAAAAUACUUCAAGCCUUUGGUACUGGGUUUCACCAGAGGCGGGGGAGGCGAAGCUAAGUUUGAAAUUCCACCCGAAGCUUAUCUGAUAAUAUCAACCAAAGGAAAUGCUUGCUUGGGCAUUUUAAACGGCUCUGCAGUGGGCAUGGGAGAUACGAACCUAAUUGGAGACAUAUCCAUGCUAGACAAAGUGAUGGUAUUUGACAACGAGAAGCAGCUGAUUGGUUGGGCACCCGCAAACUGUGACCGGGUUCCAAAAUUCAGAGGUGUCAGCAUUUGAUCAUAUGGAAGAUAUAUAUCUACAUAUAUAUAUAUAUAUAUAAUGGCUGCAACAGAAUGAUUGUUUUAUCUCUUCAUUAUUUGUAUGUAUAUAUGCCUAGACGUGUGAACAUAUAAUGCAUUAGAUUUUUAUAUGUACAGGUUACUGAAUAAAAAGUGGUCGAUCGUA